AUGACAGAGGUACCACCACCCCCACCAUCAGUUGUGUGCACCAGAAAUCUACCGCGUUUUGUACUUUUCAUGGCAAAAAGCCGAUGGUUCUCCGUUUUUGCUUCGUUGAUGGUGAUGGCUGGUUCAGGUACAAUUUAUCUGUUUGGAACCUACUCCAAAGAGCUCAAAACCACUUUUGGCUAUGACCAAGAAACCCUCAACUGGAUGGGAUUUUUCAAAGACCUUGGGGCCAACAUCGGCAUUUUCGCAGGCUUAAUAGCCGAGGUUAUGCAAACAUGGUUUGUGCUCCUCAUUGGGGCGGCCAUGAACUUCUUCGGCUACUUCAUGAUGUGGUUAGGCGUCACGGGAAGGAUCGUCAAGCCGGAAAUCUGGCAAAUGUGUGUAUACAUUUACAUUGCAGCAAAUUCUUUAAGCUUUGUGAACACGUUACUUGACAGGCAAGCUCUGAUUCUUCUCAUCGGUUGUCUCCCAGCUGCAUUCUCAGUUGUAUUUCUGUGUACGAUUCGCCCGAUAAAGAUCACAGCAACUGCUGAAAAUCUACAACUCAAAGUAUUUUUUCGCCUUCUUUAUGUGUCGAUUGUUCUUGCCUUGUUUCUCAUGGCAAUGACUCUGACUCAGAAAUCGGUUGUCUUCCCCCGGGCAGCCCUAGCCGCGACUGCCACGGUGGUUUGCGUCCUGCUUUUGUUCCUCUCUUGA